AAGGGUUAUCAUACCUAAGAGGUUCUCUCACUUGUCUCUCUCAGGACACAGUGGUGGCUCUCCAUGCUUUGUCCAGAUAUGGAGCAGCUACUUUCACCAGGACUGGGAAGGCUGUACAGGUGACCAUUCAAUCUUCAGGGACAUUUUCCACAAAUUUCCAAGUGGACAACGACAACCGCUUGCUACUGCAGCAGAUUUCAUUGCCAAAGGUGCCUGGAGAUUACAGCAUGACAGCAACAGGAAAAGGGUGUGUCUACCUCCAGACAUCCUUGAAAUAUAAUAUUUUCCCCAAAAAAGAAGAGUUCCCAUUUGCUUUGGGGGUACAGACUCUGCCCCAAACUUGUGAAGGACCCAAAGCCCACACCACCUUCCAGGUCUCACUGAAUGUCAGUUACACCGGGAACCGUCCUGCCUCCAACAUGGCGAUUGUUGACGUGAAGAUGGUAUCUGGCUUCAUUCCCCUGAAACCAACUGUGAAAAUGCUUGAAAGAUCUGAUGAUGUGAGCCGAACAGAAGUCAGCAACAACCAUGUUUUGAUUUACCUAGAUAAGGUGACAAAUCAGACUCUGAGCUUGUCCUUCACGGUUCUCCAAGAUAUCCCAGUAAGAGAUCUCCAACCAGCCAUAGUGAAAGUCUACGAUUACUAUGAGACGGAUGAGUUUGCAAUUGCUGAGUACAAUGCUCCUUGCAGCAAAGAUCAAGGAAAUGAGUGAAGACUACGUCAAUGAAAAUGGCUUUGCUGGAGUUCCUGUUCCACAAACUGGGGUCUCCAUGGAAGAAAAUAGUUUUUGUAACUCUGAAGCUUAAUGAAUACACUGUUUUUUCUAGUCAAUCUUUAUCAUGGUAUCUUCAGUCAUUCAAUAAACAUUUAUUACAUUUCCAUAUUAAAUAAAAUUUAUGAAAUAGAAAUUUAUAGCAAUCAAGGGCUGAGCGACUUCAGAAAAUGAAGAAUGUUACAAUGUUGUUGGUCUGAGUAGGCUUCAUGUAGGUGUUACAGGGAAAAGAAGAAAAUAUUAAAUUAUGUACUAAAAUAGUGUAAAAUGUGUUUGGUCAUGGGAAUACCCUUCAAAAAGUCAAAGAGUGCAUUUUAUAAGAAAA